UUAUUCUGCACCCAUCCACAGUCUCCAAACCAAACCCAUCCCCAACCACCUCGCCACCCUCUCUCUGUCUCAACUCCAUGGCUUCCAUUCCUCCUUACCUCCUCCUCCUGUCUCUCCUCCCUCUCUCCCUCUCCACCCAAUCCCCCACCACCAAUGCCCCAAACCUCAUCCAAAGGACGUGCAACUCCACCACCUACUACGACUUGUGCGUCGCCUCCCUCCAGUCCGACCCCGAGAGCCCCGAGGCCGACGUCCGGGGCCUCUCCACCAUCGUCGUCCACCUCGCCAUCUUCAACGCCACCAACACCUCCUCCUUCGCUGCCUCCCUCGCUCCUUCCGCCACCGACCCUUCGCUCCGGGCCGUCCUCCGGGCGUGCGCCGCCAAGUACAGCAACGCCCGCCAGGCGCUGCAAUGGUCGCUGGAUGCGCUCUCGACCGAGUCGUACGACUACGCCUUCGUCCACGUGAGCGCCGCCGCCGAGUACCCCAACGUCUGCCGCGUGCUUUUCCGGCACUACCCCCGGUUGACGUACCCCGAGGAGAUGGCAAGGAGGGAGGAGGCGUUGGUGCACUUGUGCACCGUAGCCUUGGAAAUUAUAUCACUUCUUGGGUGAUGUAGAAGCACACAUAGAAGUGCUCUAAAUCUAUUAAGAUUGUGUGGUCCUUGGGCCAGAAAUGAUGGAUAGGUUUCAGCUUUCGUAUCCAAGGCUCUCUCUCUGGCUUGUAAAGUGAUUGUAAAGAUGGUCUAGCCUUUGUCUUGGUCGGUUUAGAGGUUUCUAUGAGAAUAGGAGUGGAAAAGGUCUGCAUGGGUGUAUCCAUUUGGCACUUUGGUGUCUUAGAUGUUUAAUGUCUAUCUGAUAGAUUCAGAAGUGCAUGCAUUCUGUUCCUAAAUGGCUAGCUCUUAGAUGGAUUAUUUGUAAUAUUUGAUCAAUUAAUGCUGAAAUUCAUAGUAGAUGGAGUUUAUAUAAGAAGCCAGACUCUGGUCGCUGAAA